AUGGACCUCCGGCACCACGCCAUCCAGCUCAGCGCGAGUCCUGGCUCGGCGGCUGCCGCAACGCGGCCCGGCGGCGAUGGUGGCACGAUGAGCUCCGAGCUGUACCUUGCUGUGUGCGGGGGGAAGAAGGAGAAAACCAUGGCGCUGCUUCGGCAACACCCCAGUGGCAUACACCAAGUCAGCGCGGAGAGGAACAACGUUCUUCAUUUAGCCGCAGAGCAUGGCCACGUCGAGCUAAUGCAAGAGCUCGCCAUCUUCGGGGACAAGAGCUUGCUGUCUUGCCAGAACUCAGCUCUCGACACGCCUCUGCACCUCGCGGCGAGGGCGGGGCAUGACAAGGCCGUAUCCCUCCUCGUCCAGCUCGCGCGGGACUGCGGGGGUGAGGGUGUCUUACGGUGCAAGAACGAGGCUGGGGACACGGCCCUUCAUCUGGCGGCCAGACUCGGCCAUGGCGCGGCAGUUGAGGCUAUGGUCUCCGUGGUGCCCGACCUGGCCUCUGAGGUUAACGACGCGUCCGUGUCGCCGCUGUACUUGGCGGUGAUGAGCAGGUCGGUGCGAGCCGUCAAAGCUAUAACGACCAGGUGCGGCGAUGCGUCGGCUGCUGGCCCGAGCUCGCAAAACGCUCUGCACGCCGCCGUCUUCCAGGGCUCAGAAAUGGUGAGGCUGCUACUGGAGUGGAAGCCAUGUGGCCCAUCCCUGGCUAGCCAAGCCGACGGCGCCGGCAGUACUCCGCUGCAUUUCGCUUCGUCCGACGGUGACCUCUCUAUCGUACGUGCCAUCCUGAGCGCCGUGCCGCCAUCCGCGGUGCACGCGCGGGACUCAGGCGGCCUCUCUGCUCUCCACGUCGCGGCAGGGAUGGGCCACGUCCGCGUCGCCGAGGCGCUGAUGAAAGCCUGCCCCGACGCCGCCGAGCUGAGGGACGACCGCGGCGGAACCUUCGUGCACGCCGCGGCCAGUGGAGGCCACUCCAAGGUCGUGCGGCUCGCCAUCAAGAGACCCACGCUGCACGGCAUCCUGAACACGCAGGACAGAGACGGCAACACGGCUCUCCACCUGGCGGUGGCCGCACGCGCGCCGGCCGUGGCGGAGGCCCUGAUGUGGAAGGGGAAAGUGCGAGCGGACGUCAUGAACAACGAGGGGCAGACGCCGUUGGAUCUCGCCGCGAAAUCGACCAGUUUCUUCUCCAUGGUAAGUCUGGUGGCGACACUGGCCGCAUUCGGCGCGCAGUCCCGUCCUCAAAGGCGGGACCAUGUCCAGCAAUGGAACAACCACGACAUAACAAAGGCGAUAGAGAAGACGUCGGACAGCCUCGCGGUGAUCGCCGUUCUCGUCGCUGGCGUCGCCUUCACCGCCGCCAACAACAUACCCGGCUCGUACGAGCAGGAGGGGAAUAAAAUAGGGAUGGCGGUCCUCCAGAAGAAGCCCAUCUUCAAAUGCUUCAUUAUCCUGGACAGCUUGGCCCUGGUGACCUCCGUGCUCGCCGUCGUCCUGCUCGUCUACGGCAAGGCCUCACGCUCCGCCGGGUCGUGGAAAACCUUCACGGCGGCGCUGCACUGCCUGUGGUUGUCCCUGAUCAGCAUGGUCCUGGCAUUCUAUGCGGCUCUGGCAGCCGUCACGAGCACCAGGGCGGUCCACGACAUCAGCUACUUCAUCAUAAACAGUGCCCUUUGCCUGAUGUUAGCCGUGGUCACGCAUUUGGUCAGCCCUCGCGUGUCCUACCACACGCUGUGGAAGUACCUUUGGCACCAAUGUGGCUUGAAAGGACGUCAAGGUGUCAUCCGUAGGCGUAUCAGACAGCAGUAUCCAGUCGUCGGUGCUUUCGUGCGCAACCUACUUCUGUUCAGGGCUGCAUAUUAUGUUCUAGUGCCUGCUGGUUUUGUCAUAGUCUGGAAACUCGGUGACCGUGCGGCAAGAGAGAUGAAGCAAUUGAUGUAA